AUGCACAUUGUGUACAUGGGUGACCGACCAAAGGGAGAAUUCAUUCCUUCGUCUCUUCAUACCAGUGUAUUACAAGAAGUGCUUGGCAGCGAUGCAUCAGAUGCUUUAGUCCAUAGUUACCAUAAAAGCUUCAACGGAUUCGCGGCAAAACUUAGAAAGGAUGAGGUGCAAAAACUAGCUGACAUGGAAGGAGUUGUAUCCGUGUUUCCAAGUGGAAAGAAACAACUCCACACAACAAGGUCAUGGGACUUCAUGGGAUUCUCCAAACAUGUCCAAAGAGCAGGCCUCGAAGGCGAUAUCAUCAUCGGUAUGCUCGAUACAGGAAUAUGGCCUGAGUCAGAAAGUUUCAGCGACGAAGGAUUUGGUCCACCACCUCAAAAAUGGAAAGGCUUUUGCCAAGAGUCAUCCAAUUUCACCUGUAACAACAAAAUCAUCGGAGCUCGAUACUACCGGAGUGAUGGCAUCUUCGGCGAGAAGGAUAUCGUAUCUCCAAGGGACUCAAAUGGCCAUGGUUCUCACACUUCGUCCACGGCAGCUGGGGCCUUAGUGAACCACGCAAGCCUAUUAGGGCUCGGGUCAGGCACUGCGCGAGGAGGAGUACCUUCGGCACGCAUUGCUGUCUACAAGAUAUGUUGGUUCGACGGCUGUUUCGACGCGGAUAUUCUCGCUGCUUUUGAUGAUGCCAUUGCGGACGGCGUCGACAUCAUCUCUCUUUCGGUUGGUGGCUCUACUUCGUUUGAUUACUUCAAUGAUUCAAUCGCCAUUGGAGCUUUCCAUUCCAUGAAGAACGGAAUACUCACGUCGAAUUCCGCUGGUAACUCUGGCCCUGGACCGGCGACGAUCACAAACCUUUCACCGUGGUCGCUUUCUGUUGCUGCCAGCACUAUUGAUAGGAAGUUUUUGACCCAAGUGAAGUUGGGCAAUGGCGAGGUGUAUGAGGGUAUCUCUGUAAACACCUUUAAUCUUGAGGAAAAAUUGUUCCCUGUUAUACAUGGUGGAAAUGCCCCAAAUAAAACAGGAGGCUUUACUUCGGAAGAAUCUAGGUAUUGUGAAGAAGGUUCCUUGGACGAAAAAUUGGUGAAAGAUAAAAUUGUUGUGUGCGAUUGGUCUGGUGGAGACGGGAGUGCUGCUUGCGUGGGGGGCUCAUCAGGAAUUAUAAUGCAAGAUGGAGAAGUUAAGGACUUCGCCAGACUUUUUCCUAUUCCCACUUCUACUUUCAACCCUAACGAGGGCAAUGAGAUCUCCCUAUACGUAAACUCCACUAGAAAGCCAAGUGCAACUAUCCGGAAGAGUAUUGAGGUGAAAGAUGAAUCGGCCCCAUUUGUGGUUUCAUUCUCAUCAAGGGGUCCAAACCCCAUUACGAGUGACAUUCUCAAGCCGGAUCUAACAGCUCCAGGAGUAGAUAUUUUGGCUGCAUGGUCAGAAGCUACGAGUCCAACAAGGCUAUCAGUGGACUUUAGAGUGGUUUCAUACAAUAUAAUCUCUGGUACAUCCAUGUCUUGCCCACAUGCAACAGCAGCCGCUGCCUACGUCAAGUCGUUUAACCCAACAUGGUCUCCUGCUGCCAUUAAGUCUGCGCUAAUGACCACAGCUUAUCCAUUAACUAACGAGAUUAACAAAGAUGCUGAGUUUGCUUAUGGUUCUGGGCACAUAGACCCUUUAAGGGCGAUCAACCCUGGUUUGGUAUACGAUGCUGGAGAGAGUGAUUACGUGGAAUUCUUGUGUGGACAAGGGUACAGCACUAAGUCUCUCAGACUUGUAACCGGUGAUAAGAGCAGUUGCUCCAAUGUCCAGAAAAUACAUGCCUCCAAUUUGAACUAUCCUUCUUUCGCUCUUUCCACAAUUUCAACCAACGCCAUCACCCGCGUUUUUCAUAGGACUGUCACAAAUGUUGGGUCCCCGACGUCCACCUAUAAGGCCAUUGUGAAAGCCCCCGAGGGAAUGAAAGUGAUAGUCAAACCAAAGACUCUUUGUUUUGAGUCAAUUGGGCAGAAGAAGUCGUUUGUUGUGAAGAUCACGGCUAAAGUUGAUGCGAACCGAAGUAUGAUUUCUGGGGCUCUGGUAUGGGAUGAUGGUCAGCGACAAGUUAGAAGUCCCAUAGUUGCAUAUUAUUCUUAUUCUUCUUAA